AUGCCAAAGCAAAGAACAAAGCUUGGUUCUUUCUCAUGUGUGCGAUUAAUGGACAAUGGGUGUGACGUCCUUUUGUUGAAUCCCCGUCAGAUCAUUUGCAAAAAAGGGGUCCUUGGUUGGCUUCCACCUUCACGUUCUAUCUCUUCCUCAUUCACUCCAUCCGUCUUGAAAUUCAGGUCUCAUCCUACAACCGAGGCAAGUCAGGACAUAAGGAUUACAUGUCAAAACAGUAUCAUCAAAGGGGCCAGUGCGACCUCUGUCGAUGGUCACCCAUGGCGGACAUGGAAGAUAAAGCUAGUGGCCAUGGAUGGAAAUAAAGAAAAGAAGGGAAAGCUUACAGCCUUGCUUGAUAAUGUGGAAUAUAUUCUUCAUCCCACGUUUGAGAACCCUCACAGAGUCACGACAAAAGAACCCUAUGUGCUUCAAGAAAAAGGCUGGGGUGAAUUUGAUAUGCGGAUUGUCUUGAACUUUGCUCACAAACUAGCAGAUCCUGAAACCAUUCUAUUUGACCUCAACUUCACACAACCAUCUUACACCGUUAAUCACAGAGUGGUUUUCCAAAACCCAUCGCCUGAACUCGAGGACCUGUUGGCUUUGGAUGUACCUGCUGACGUUAGCAGUAAUGGCUCGAUUCACUCUAAGAAGAGACGGUCAAGCACAUCUAGCAGCUCCGGUAAAGGCCUAGUAAAAAAACAAAAGACAAACUAUUCUCCUGCUUUUAUCAAGCAUGAAGUCCACACUUCCGCAUCUCCAUCGACGCCUUCCUUUUACUCAAACAAGACUGUUCAAUAUCCGCCACUUUCAUCUUACUCGGGCUCACCACCUUCGCCGUCAUUCGACUCGCCUGCGUUGCCAAUAUCACCUGCUUAUGACUAUGGGCAAGUCAAAACACCCCAGGCGUAUUCUGAACAUGACAGUGUUCCUUAUCUUUCUGGUAUGAGCGAUGAGAGUCAGCGAAAAAGUGGAUCCUCGGGCUCAUCAGUUAAGCGGGGGUAUGAAAGUGAAGACUAUGAUUUUCCAGAGUAUCAACAUCCAUUUAGACCCUACGAGUCUUCAGAUGGAGAAGUAGAUCGCGAAGAUGCUAUUGUUGACGAUGUAUAUGAUGAAAGCGAUCUCAAAAACGUAAACCCUAUUCACAGCAUGCCUCUUGACGCAGAAACUCGCCGGGCGUGGGGAAUACCCGAAGGACUUGAUAUGAUGGAACUUGCUCGACGCCUUACACAUAUGACGGAAGAUCAAGCAGAAGAGUUUCAUGAGAUUGUCAAGCAGAGUAUGACAGACGACAUGGCAAUUGAAGAAAAAGAAGGCGAGCUUGUACUCGAACUUUAUUCGCUUGGACCCACUCUCCUCAACCGUCUAUGGGAAUAUUCGGAGAAGAUAUCAGUAUCCUACAAUCCUCUGUCUAUAUCACCACACAUUAAUACAUACGACCAAGACAGUGAAGCAGAAGACUAAAUACACUUCUUCAUUAAAUUUCCCCUUCCCCUUCCCCUUGUAGAGUCACAUCACCAUGUCAUAUAGCAAAAACAAAAAUUCACAAAAGGAUUGUCCUAUGAAUUUGCACUCCUUAUUGGCGACAUUAUCCUCCUUCUUCUUAUUAUUCUCCCGUCUAUGAUCAAAUAUGUAUGUACCUUCUAUUAAACCCCCCUUCCCCCCACAGACACACAAAAUACUACUUGGGAAUUAUAGGUUUCUAUCGUUGCUAUUAAAAUAAAACUUUGCGUCUUACAAUU